UCCCUGUUGGAGGAAAGCCGCACAGGACUGUUUUUUUUUCCCCCUGAAAAACUUAAGUCGCAGCAGUGAAAAUAUAGACUAUGCGAACACGCAUGACUGACCGUGAGUUUUUAGGAGCUUCAUAUAGACGUAGACAUGACUCUUAGCAGUCAAACCACAACUUCUUGGGCUACUUAAGGGAAACUUGAUGCUGAUUUUUUUUAAAUGUUUUUCCAUCAAAUAAAUUAUUCUGACUUUAUGAGGACGAAAAUGUUUCCGUUCGAACUUCACGCGCCUGUUAAGAUGCGUUUCUUCCCAGCUCUCGUCGUGUUUUUCUUCGUCUUCUUCUUCACCCACGGCCCGUCUGGAGCUGCGCGCCCGGGAAAAUGCGGCUCCCGGUGCGACGUGAGCUCCUGUCCGAGCCCCAGCUGUCCCGGCGGCUAUGUCCCGGACAAGUGCGGCUGCUGCCUGGUGUGCUCGCCGCGGGAGGGCGACCCUUGCGGCCGCAAGAACGACCUGCCGUGCGGGGACGGCCUGGAGUGCCGGACGCUCGCGGCUUCCGACGCGGGCGGGGAGCGGCGGGGCUCGUCUCGAGGGGUCUGCCGGUGUAAGCAGGACCACGACGUGUGCGGCAGCGACGGGAAGACGUACGGAAACGUCUGCAAGCUGAAAGCCGCCAGCCGGAGAGCCGUGCAGAAAGGGAGAACCGCAGUGAGCCAAGCGCACAAAGGACCGUGUUCGACUCCCGACACAGGUCGUUCUCUCACCCGUCCCAGCAGCCCUCGGUACAAGUUCAACUUCAUCGCCGAUGUCGUGGAGAAAAUAGCUCCCGCUGUGGUCCACAUCGAACUGUUUGUCAGGCAUCCUCUGUUUGGUCGCCACGUGCGUCUGUCCAGCGGGUCCGGCUUCAUUGUGACUCACUCAGGUGUGAUUGUGACCAAUGCUCAUGUGGUAACCACCACCGGCACGGUGACCGGGAGGCCGCAGAUGCGGGUCCAGCUCCACGACGGAGACGCAUACGAGGCUGCGGUCAGGGAUGUAGACAGGAAGGCAGACAUAGCGACCAUCAAGAUCAAUCCACAGAAGAAGCUUCAUGUGCUCUCUUUGGGCAGUUCGGCUGAUCUGAGACCAGGGGAGUUUGUGGUUGCCAUCGGCAGCCCCUUCGCCCUGCAGAACACGGUGACAACGGGCAUCGUCAGCACGGCUCAGAGAGACGGCAAAGAGCUGGGCAUCAAGGACUCGGACAUGGACUACAUCCAGACUGACGCCAUCAUCAAUUAUGGCAACUCUGGAGGACCUCUUGUAAAUUUGGACGGUGAGGUCAUAGGCGUUAAUACUCUGAAAGUGACUGCAGGAAUCUCCUUCGCCAUCCCCUCAGACAGGAUCAGUCGCUUCCUCACAGAGUCGCAGACCAAAUAUAGCAAAGCUGUUGCUUAUGUGACAGAGAAGACCCGACUGCAGAGAAGACGCACGGAGGAGCCUCAAUCUGACACAGAAACAAAGAAAUACUUUUUAGGCAUCAGGAUGAUAACGAUCACAAAAGUUUUAAUGGCAGAGCUGAAACUUCAAGAUCCGGACUUCCCUGAAGUCAGCAGUGGUAUCUUAGUGCAGCAGGUCAUCCCUAAAAGUCCUGCUGAGAGUGGAGGCAUUCGGGCAGGUGACGUUAUAGUGAAGCUGGACGGACACCCGGUGCACACCGCCGAAGACGUCCACCAAGCUCUGCAGAGCGAUCUGCCGCUCUUGCUUGAGAUUCGCAGAGGAAACAACGAUUUACUGUUCAACGUCCGCCCUCAGCUGCUGGGGCAUUGAAAAACGGGACGGGACUUUAAUUUUUCAGUUAGAGCAGUUCGGUGAGAAGAGUGAAGAUUUCAGGAAAUACAGCAAGCAAGCAACUUUUCCAGAUGCAUUGAUGUAUAUUGUGUUUGACUUUUACUUUCAAAAUGUUUGUUUUGAUUUAUAUGCAGUGUUGUGUAAAAGUAUUCAUACUCCUUGGACUUUCUCAUAUUUUGUCACGUUACAGCAACAAAUUUUAAUUCGUUGUUCAGUCUCACAUCUUUUGCAACAAUAAUCUAAAUUUUAUACCAACAUCACCUUUAAAUAGAUAUUUGCUCACCAGGUUUCCUGUCCCUACUCGAGAAUAGUCGUCCCAAAGCAUAAUCUUGCCACCAUCUUGCUUCAGCAUGGCAACGUCGCACUCAAUAUGACUUUACAUUUUUUCUGCGCACAGUAUUUUUUUUCUUAACCAAAAAGUUUCAGUCUCAUCUGACUAGGCUUGCAACAAACUGCAAUCAGGACUUUUAUGGCUUUCUUAGAACCAUGUUUUUUUUUUUUUCUUACUAUAAAGGCUAAAUUUAUUUGAUAAGGCUCUCGCCCCACGUUGCUUGAUAACACCAUUUUGAGCUUUAUCCCUAAAAUUAUACAGAGCUGUAUUCUGUUUACAAGUCAGUGAUAUAUGGGGGCAACUGGUUGAACUGGAUUGUACUUAGGGGUAUUAGCAUUAGCAGAAAAAUGAAAAACUGAAGGCUAUGUUUAUUUUUUUUUUUUCACUUCGCAAUUGAAAAACCAGCAUUAUGUUGAUCUUUCACUAAAAUAAAUUGCACUGAAGUUACAUAAUAUGUGAAAAUUUAGGAGAUGUGAAUACAUUUUGACAAAUACAGUAUGGUUCAAUACUCAUGGUGCUGCUGCUGAGUGAAAUGUGCCUCACUUCAUAGUGAGGAUGCUUCAGAUUAAAAGCUUUUUAAUCUGUGUCAGAGCAGCGGUCUGUGUUUAUCUGUCUGGUGUGCUGGACACCAGCUUUAAACUCGGUUCCACUGUUUAUGUCUUCUUGGCCCUCCUCCUUCCUCCCUGGUUUGGAAAGGCACUCUGUUAAUUUAAACAAGUCUUAGCCACCAUAUUACAGAAACAGUUCUCGUACACAUAAAAGGAAAAAGUCCUGGCAAAGUCAUUUUUA